AUGAAUGUAAUCAUUAUUGGAGGCGGGAUCGCUGGACUCUCGGCCGCGAUCGGUUUGCGCCUUGCAGGCCAUCAUGUUAGGAUCUUCGAACGAUCGUCUUUCCUCCGCGAAGUCGGCGCAGCCAUCAACGUCUGCCCCAAUGCCUCACGGAUCCUCCUGCAGUGGGGCAUCGACACCAAACGCGCCCGCUUAGUUCCUGCACGCCGGUCAAUCGUCGCUCCCGGCUCUUCGCUCAAGACCCUGGUCGAUGUGGAUUGCUCACAGUUCCCGGCGACAUAUGGGGCCUCGUUCUUCUUCGCUCACCGCGUCGACCUGCACUCGGAAUUGCAGCGUUUGGCGACGGCCAAGGGGAGAGGAUCGCCCGUUGAGAUCUUGCUGCGCUCUGAAGUUGUGGAUUAUGCCGUUGACCAGGGGUCUGUGAUACUCUCCGAUGGCUCAGUGCACCGUGCCGAUUUGAUCAUCGCCGCGGAUGGCGUCCAUACGACGGCAAUUCACCAGGUCAUUGGCCGUACUGUUCCUGCAGUCUCGACCGGCUCUGCCGCUUUCCGGUUCUUGAUUCCUAGUGAUGUGUUGCGCGAGGAUAGCGAGAUCGCGCCGUUGCUUGAGGAUGGGGCUUUGAGGGUCCUCGUUGCGGAGGAUCGCCGGCGGCUGGUUUGGUAUCCCUGUGCCGACAACACGGUCCAGAACUUUGUAGGUAUCCACGCUGAUCUUGGGAAAGACGGGCUCGAGAAGGAAGACUGGGACCGCGAUGCUACAGUCGAUGACCUCCUCGCUCACUACCACGACUUUCACCCGACAAUAAUCAGCAUCUUGAAAAAAGCAACAUCCAUCAAGCGCUGGCCUCUCCUCUACCGCGACCCCAUCCCAACCUGGACCCGCGGCCGUCUAGUCCUUAUCGGCGAUGCGGCACAUCCCAUGCUCCCUCACCAAGGUCAAGCCGGUGCCCAAGCAAUAGAAGACGCCGGCGCCCUGUCGGAGCUCUUUACCUUUCCAGACCACACAACUAUCACUCCGCAAGCGAUCCAGUCCCGACUCGCGCUGUUUGAGCAAGUGCGCGUGAACCGCGCAUCCGCAAUGCAGGUUUUCUCGAACGCGGGGCAGGAUGAAUCGUGGAAGAUCAAAGAGCAGGCGAAAAAGUAUUUGCCAGAGGGAGCCGAGGUUCCGAGCUCGCCGGCGGAGUUUAUGAAGCAUAAUUUCGGAUAUGAUGUUAUCGCAGAUUCGAAGGGAGUUCUUGAGAGGUAUUUGAGGCGGGGCGCGGGGGAGGGAGGUGGUUCAUAG